AUGACGACCGAGAAAGAAACCCCAACCAAGAUGCCAUGGAUCCAACUGGGGCAGCUCGAUCCCGCAACUACGAUGACGCCGCCGCCAGCUGCUUUCCCCGAAACCAGUACCUCCGAGCAGCGCGCGACGUUGAGGUUCGCUGUCAGUGGCUACGCAGUCUAUCACCUCCAGCCAACGAUCCAGCAAGUCACCGGUGGUGCCGGGGUCCUGGCCCUGGCGUCUGCGCGCGCCCUCCUCGAGCACGGGCUAUCGGGAAUAGCGCUACUCGAUCUUCCCCAGGCACUCGAAAGGGCAAUCUCGGAGAUCGAAACGCUGCGACGAGAUUUCCCCGCCGUGAAGAUUACCACGCAAGCCUGCGACGUGACGGAUGCUCCGGGGAUGGCCGAUACAGCCCACCAAGUACGCGAUCAGCUCGGCGAGAUCAAGAUCCUCUGCUGCUUUGCGGGAAUGGUCAACUGCGUGAACGCGGAGGACCUCGCCGUCGAGCAAUGGCGACAAGUAAUAGAUGUGAACACGACGGGGUCAUGGAUUGCGGCACAGGUGUUUGGACGACAUAUGAUUGCCAGCAGACGCGGAGGAAAGAUCAUAUUUGUGUCGUCCAUCAGUGGCCAUCGUGUCAAUUACCCCCAGCCGCAGGUAGCAUAUAACGCGUCCAAGGCGGCGGUGCUGCACCUGCGCAGUAGUCUUGCGGCGGAAUGGACGCGGUAUGGGAUUCGGGUCAACUCAAUCUCCCCUGGGUAUAUGGAUACGGUGCUCAAUGAGGGUGACGACCUGGAGACAUGGCGACAGAGCUGGGCAGACCGUAAUCCUAUGCGACGGAUGGGGUCACCGCAGGAGCUCACGGGACCGGUGGUGUUUUUGUGCAGUGAUGUUGGAGGGAGUUAUGUGAAUGGGGCUGAUAUUGUGGUAGAUGGAGGUGGAUUGGUCUUCUAG